UCGCGGUGUGUGGAUGUGUGAACGCACGCACGGCCCCCACCCCCAGCCCCAGCCCCGGGCGCGCAGGCAGCUUGGAGGAGGGCUUGCUCCCAAGGAGAAGCAAUCUGAUUCCUGUGCAAUAGGAUGGGAAGACAUCGCUGCUGAGGGGCAGUCUGAGUGACAAUUCUUCAUCAUGGCUCAAGGAUCCAGUGAUCAGAGUAAUGUGGAAAUGUCUGACCCAGAGGAGAGCUCUCCAAAUAUGAUUGUCUACAGAAAGAUUGAAGAGAUCAUUGCAAGAAUGCAGGAUGACAAAACAGGAGGAGUUCCCAUCCGAACAGUCAAGAGCUUUCUGUCUAAAAUCCCCAGUGUUGUCACAGGUGCUGACAUUGUACAGUGGCUCAUGAAAAACCUCAUCAUUGAGGACCCAGUGGAAGCAAUACACUUGGGAAGUCUUAUAGCAGCACAGGGCUAUAUCUUUCCAAUCUCAGACCAUGUCCUUACGCUGAAAGAUGAUGGGACUUUCUAUCGUUUUCAGGCCCCAUACUUUUGGCCUUCAAACUGCUGGGAACCAGAAAACACAGAUUAUGCCAUCUAUUUGUGCAAGCGGACCAUGCAAAACAAAGCCAGGCUGGAGCUGGCAGAUUAUGAAGCUGAGAACUUAGCAAGACUGCAGAGGGCUUUUGCACGGAAGUGGGAAUUCAUCUUUAUGCAAGCAGAGGCCCAAGUGAAAAUUGAUAGAAAAAAGGAUAAAACUGAAAGGAAAAUUUUGGAUAGCCAAGAAAGAGCCUUUUGGGAUGUUCACAGGCCAGUGCCAGGUUGUGUGAACACCACAGAAAUGGACAUCAGAAAGUGUCGCCGUAUGAAAAACCCCCAGAAGGUUAAAAAGUCAGUAUAUGGCAUCGCAGAAGAUUCUCAGCCCCAGAGUCCUGUACAUGUGCCCUCCCAACCUAUACGAAAAACGACAAAAGAGGAUUUCCGAAAACAAAUAACCUUUCUGAAUGUGCAGAUAGACAGACACUGUUUAAAAAUGUCCAAGGUAGCUGAAAGUUUAAUAGCUUACUCAGAGCAGUAUGUGGAAUAUGAUCCUUUUAUAACUCCCGCUGAACCUUCCAAUCCUUGGAUAAGUGAUGAUACUAUCUUAUGGGACAUAGAAAUGAGCAAAGAACCCAGCCAACAACGAGUGAAAAGAUGGGGGUUUUCCAUGGAUGAGGUGCUGAAAGACCCAGUGGGGCGAGAUCAGUUUCUUCGUUUUCUGGAAUCAGAAUUCAGCUCUGAAAACCUUAGGUUUUGGUUGGCUGUCCAAAAUCUCAAAAAACAACCUCUGCAAGAUGUAGCCAACAGAGUGGAGGAAAUCUGGCAAGAAUUUUUAGCUCCUGGGGCACAAAGUGCCAUCAACCUGGACUCACACAGCUAUGAGAAAACAAGCCAAAAUGUCAAGGACCCGGGGAGGUAUACCUAUGAAGAUGCACAGGAGCACAUUUACAAACUGAUGAAGAGUGACAGCUACGCACGUUUCCUCCGUUCUAAUGCUUACCAGGACUUAUUGCUGGCAAAGAAGAAGCCAGAGAAUGAGCAAGGUCGUAGAACUUCUCUAGAAAAGUUCACUCGCAGUGUGUGUUGCUGGCGCAGAAUGGCUGCCGCGUUACACCCCAGAGGUCGCUACAUUCCAGCAGUGGGGAAAGUCUCUGGCGGGCAAGCGCCUCACAGGCCUGAUGCAGUCCUCCUGACAGCUUCAGCUGAGCGAGCCAUUGCUGACAACCCUGACGAACAGCUGCGCUCAACCUCCGCAGAGGAUGUUUCAUUUUGGGGAGAAUGGGUCACAGUGAGAGAAAAAGAAUGAGCGCAGAGGGGAGAAAAAAAGAGAGCAAGAUGGAGAGAUCGGCUCACUGGAGGUUCCUCUUUUCAUAGUUUACAUCAACACUUUCUUACUUGUACAGCUUUAUAACAGCACUGAGUUCUCUAAAGGUACUUUGCUUCCUACUUGGUUUUGGAGGAGCACGCUGCACUGUAUACAGAAGGUCAACAAGGCAGAGGGCUUAGUAUCUUAUUAUUUAAGGAACCAGUCCUAACUGCAACCUAGAGAAAGAAGAGCUGAGCAACAUCAGUAUUAUCCCUUCAUCUCUUCUCUCCCUGGUACAAACACGGCUGUAACUGAAACCACUCUUGUCCCCACCACCCACUUGUUCCCUUUCUUGUGGCCAUCUGGAUCCAAUAAAAUAUCUACCA